UUCUACUCGGCCGCGCUCACAAUCAUAAUGUCUUCCCGCAGAGAUCCCGACUCAACGAAUGAAUCAGCGUAUUCGAUUGGCUCCGAUAUACGACGAGAUGCAGCGAUCUCUUAGUAUCCAGGCCGAUGUUUCCACGCCGUCAUCACUUCACAGCGUUUCCAGGCAGCAGCAUAUCCCCCCGGCCAGCAAUUAAACGGUACAGAUUGGGGAGGGGCUUCAGGGCGUGACAUCCGAGCAGGUAAUAAUCAUUCGGGCCCAGUAGUCUAGUAGAAGCAUAUCUGGAUGAUCUCCCACAUCCUUCAAUGCCUCCGCGCCGCCAGAGAUGGAGUAUAUGCCUAUUUAUGGUCGCCUACUGGAGAGGGUUGGAGGGUUGGAUCCAAAUCGCCAUAUGUUUUUUUUUUGCCAAGCAUACAUGUCCUCAGCUCCAGCACUUCGCAGCCUUGCGAUGUCUAUCUAGAUCGCCAGUCGUAAGGGGUGGGGCCUCUGAGCCGGGCAAUGUCUUUGCGCCGGGGCAUCCGGUGACCUUACUGACAUGUACCUCAUAGUAUCCGUCCGUACCUUACUCAGCUAUCACACACC